GUUCAAGAAGAUCUCAACCACACCGAGGAGGACUGCAAAAUCAGGACUAUUCAGCCACGCUUUUUCAAUUCGGACCCACGGACUUUGAUGAUUCGUGAUUUAUUUUUGUUAGAAUUUAAGUUUGUAUUAGUUUGUAUUUUUGCGGUGAAAAAUAACUUUCGCAUCGCUUUUGAGGCAGCGUCGGGAGUGCUGAGAAAUUCGGUAAAAUGCGAAAAUAGGACCUCAGAGGUGACUGAAGUUCUCACUUGAAAGACUUCUCUACAUGCAAUGAGAUCUGGAUAUCACUACAUCCGAGGAGGGGACUGUUCUAAGUUUCAACACUCUAGUUACGUUGGCACUCUCCUGUCCCCUCAUGACAUUAAAGGAACACCUGUAUCAGUGGUUCCCCCUGAAAAUGGAAUAAAAAACAACAUGGUAGCCAUUCAACUUCCUGGCCCAGCUCAGUUGCAGCAAGGCUAUGCACAUUCCAAACAACAUUUUAAGGGACUCCACUGCCAUCCAAAGUCACAGUCAAGCAUACUUGACUGUGGAUUCCAGCCCCCUAUACCUGGGGAUAGUGCAUGUUAUUCUCAGGGCAGUCGCAACCAAAUAAGCCGAGACGGAAAUGGUCAUCUUUUUUCAUCAACACGUGUCUCUAAAUCUGUUUAUAACACUUCCUAUCAGCAGCAGGUCUGCUCUCGCUCUCUAAGCAGAGAGAAAGUCUUGCCAGUUGGAGAAUUGGAACCACCUACAGAUGACGAAAUACUUGACUUUGUUGCAAAACGCGUCAGAUAUUUUGGGUCUUUAACAAAAUAUGUACCUUCCAAAAAGCUGUGCAACAGGGACUCUCCACUGCAGUCUGACCCCAUCUCACCAAAGGUUGACUGUUUUUCCCAUCUCCCCAAAACCUCUGCCUCUGACAGAAAAUACAUGGGGAGGCAAACUCUCAGCAAUGCUGUAAAUGAGGAGUGCACUGCAGCAGUUGGACCAGCACUUGAAGAGGACAGUUCAAAGGACAGCAAAUCAUUUGCUGUGUUACUGCCCAAGUCUAAAGGGAUCGACGAUUGCUCUGCAUCUGCGUCAGAGAAACAUUCAAAAGAACAUCCACGAAAAAUGAAGAAAGUUCCUGCCACUUGCACAAGGGAAAAAGAUGGGAGGCCAGUGGUAGCCGCAGCAGUGCCUGAAAUGACCUGUGAAGAAAUGACUGAGAAGCAAUCCAGUUUGAUUUUCAACGGUAGCCCGUCAGAAGAACAGAAGUCCUUUUCGUUAAAUAUUAAAACAUAUUUUGGAGACAAAAGCCAACUGCCUGGUGUAACUUCAGUGCUAUCUGAAAACAAAACUUUUGGACAAGCAUCACUCAUUGAAAAUCAACAGUGCACCACGCUAUAUUCACCUGUUGAUACACUUACAAUUCAUAAUGUAUGGUCAAUUCCUACAAACCAAAGUGAAGGGCAUAGCAGCCAAACAAGUUAUGAAGGUCCAAGAAAGGAUGCAGGUUCUACGCGCUUACAAACUGACACAGAGAAUAAGGAAUUUUACUUUCCUACUGCUUCUGAAGACAUUAUGAAAGAUGAAAGUCCCCACAUUGAUGAUAUGACUGCAGAGACCUCUUCAACUACACCAGAUCCCAACGAUAAGCAGUCAUCAUUUGAAAAUGAAGGCGCUGGAUUGAAAGAUGAUGUUACUGAUGAUUAUGAGGGUGAUUAUGAGGAUGAUGAUGAUGAGGAUGAUGAUAUGUUAUUCAUACCUCUAACUAUUUCCGACGUUAAAUUUGAACAUCAAGAUCAAGAGAGCCAAGAAAAAGAUGGGCUAGAUGGUGGAGAAACAGAAGACCAAGAAAGACAGUGUGAUCCAAAUCCAAACCACUAUCCAUCUCCAAAACCAUUACUAGCAAUGAAAGAGUUUGACACAAUUGAAAGCUUUUUACAAGCUGUGAAUUCUAAGAAAAUACAGAUGGAAUUGGUUGAACUUAUAAUGGACUCUGAGGAAGAAGGUCAUACACCUCAUAACAGGAGAGUGUCUUCAGACAGCUGUAAAACUGACGACAGUUGUGAUUACCCAUUAGAGUCAGAUAACAAAUGUUUACCACUAUCCAGGAGUUUGUUCGGAAAAAAGACAGACGCUUCUGUGCCUGAGGGCAAAGCCAAUGAAGUUACAAAUGUGCAACAAGGUCAUACCAGGAGUUUGGAGGGGUCUGGCUGUAUGCAAAUAUGUACAUCAACGACUGAAGAGGAAGAUUGCUCUAAAGCCCCAACCAAUGGGCAGAAUAUUUCAAAUAACAACGACAUAAUAAUAAUUCAAUCUGACUCUGAAGAUGAUGUUGAACAAAACUACCAAAAGAAGCCAAAAAGGAAGAAACUUUUCACUUCCAGCUCAGAGGACAGCGACAGUUCCACAUGUAAUCGACCAAAGACACAUUUAUCCAAAACUGUAGGCAGUCGAUGUGAAACUUCAGAAGAAAACUCUACAAAAAAACGACGGAUAUCUGCAGACUCGCCAAUACGCCAAUCUAAAUGCCAUGAUGCACCGUUCGAAGAAGGGAUGCAGAAUGCAUGCUCUGACCUGUUGCACAGUGAAGAAAUGAAUGGGCAGCUGGGUGGCUCCACCGAGAGUGUAAUAGUCAUUGAUUCUGACACAGAGGACGAUGACCAAAACAAAGAACCAAGCGGGAAUACAUUCAUCUGUUCAGGGUCGGAUGACGGCGAUCGCCGAUGUGUUGAACAGAAAAGACAGUCCCCUUUAACUGUGAAAAGUGGUAAUGGAUCUGCUAAAGACAUUCGUCGAGAAGCCAGACAGUCUUCUCCAGACCUAUCGCAGUCACUGAACCAGUCAAUGCUUCAUGAUGCACCACAGAAGACAAACAGACAUGAUUCUGAUUCUGAUUCUGAUGUGAUUAAUAAAAUACAUUGCCACAAACGUAGGGUAAAAUUUAAAAGAAUAGUCUCAUCAGAAUCAGAGGAAAGUGAUGAUGAAACUGUGGACAGUCUUUGUGGCGCUGCUAAUGAAAAGUCAAAAAAGAACAGUCUGUCAUCCAAGGAUCCAAAAGUGAAGAAGCCCCAGUCUUUGAACAAGAAGGCCAACUCAACUUCAGGUUCAAAAUCUGUCAUUCCUCGCUCAGUUGUUGAAAAGCCUAAUCGACAUCAUAAACUCUUUAAAGAAUCUAACAACGACCGACAGGUUAAAGAUGGCACUCCAAAGACCUCCACAGCAUCCAGUAAAAAGACUGACUCUGUCGAUAAAAAUACAUUGGAUUUGCCCAAACCAAAACGUGCAAACGAUGGACCACAUACAACAAAGCAUAACGUUCAGGCCAAUGUUAAAAAACCCACAAUAUUUUCAAGACAACAUUCCUUACCGGGCCAGAAAUGCACAUCCACCUCUGUCAGGAAAAAACCUUCUAAAGCCAGACGAAGCUCAGCAGGCUCAAGAGAUUUAACUCCAUCUGGAGAAACACCGGCCUCCUCUAAUCAUCCUGCAUCCAAACAGAGCAUAUAUACUCCCAGACAAAGUUUGUCUACGUCAAAACUACGGUGCUCUGUCUCUUGUGGCAACAGGUCAACGAUGAACCAUCCUGUCAAUCCCACAAAAUGCCCUUCACCAACUUCUGCAACCAUGGAAACAUCAGCAAGGAAACGGUUGACAAAAGAAAUGGAGGUCUUUAUCCCAAUCGGAAACGAGCUGAAUAAGAAACUAAAAGAGACAAAAUCCACCCUGGGAAUGGAGGAUGACGUGACAACCGGGACAUUGCCUAGUCGACAUAACAGGGCACCCAUACAGAGGCAAAACUCCAAGUCUGCAACCCCCCUAAUGAAAAGGACCAAGUUUGAUGCAGUACAGUUGACAAAGGCUAGGAUCCGGGAUACCCCAAAGGAACAAGGUAACUACGAUUGUGAAGGUUACAAAUGGUCAGAGAAGCCAACAGUGACAAAGCCAAUACAAGGUUUAAGCAGGAAGAAAAAGCUGUAGAUCUCAUUCAAGACCCCGCUAGUGAGAAAAAGGAUGGCAGUGACUACCAAUGCAAAUCAAGUUUGUCUCACUCCCUAAAGGACAGGUGGCUGAUUCGUGAAGCAGCAGUUCUGGAUACCAUCUAUUCAUUUUCUGUAUUUUGAGCUUGUCUAUGUGGGAACUGUAUAUACAUUUGUUUGCUUGUUGUCAGACAUUAUUGUUACUGGCUUCCUAAAGCUAUUUUAUAUUAUUUUACACAUAUAUAUUUUUUGUACUUUGAAAACCCACUUAUGUUAACACUAUUCCUAUGGGCGAGCUUGUAUUUUUCUAUUUUUUUUUUAAACGUUACUGUAUCCAAAAUCUUAAAUGAAUACAUUUCUCAAUUUGUCUUGCAGUACUUCUAUUUCGACACUAGAGGGAGACAAUGUUUUAUAUACUGCACAAACAGCACCGGUGCCGUUGAACCAUAUGAUGAGGGGCAGCAGAGAGAAGCUAUGUUGCAACUUAUUUAUAAACAUGGUUACAUGUUGAUGAAUCAGCUGUAUAAUUGUUUUUGUCUGCCAAUGUUGAAAUAUUAAGACUAUUUUUAAUAAAAGUCAGGCAUGAAUUAA